UUCUACCGCUAUUGACUACACACUUUUGCUUGCUCUUAUCCACCACCAUCCAGGGCACAUGAUGUCCCCUGGGCGUGGUGCCGUGGCGAUUCUACGAUGGCCGCUCAAUUCGUGCCAGCGCAGGAAUUCACGCGACCCUACGACGAACCUUUCCUCCCUCCUCGUCCCUACCGUCACCGCAGCUAGAUCAUUCUCUUCAGCAAUGCCACGGCGUUCUACAGUCUACAGAGUGUCUAGAGCUAAAGUGAAUAAGGCGCGUGCUCCUGAUAUUCUGCCCGCACAUAAUAACCAGGGUGAGCGAGAGACGGCACUCGAACAAUUGUAUACGCACAGUCGAUGGAUUUACAAAGACGCUCAAAAGAUGGGCAUCAUCGACAGUAAAAUGACACAUAAGGAUUUCCACAUAAUUGCAAGCGUGAUCCUCCAUGUAAUGGACUUGAGAAUUAGAAGUGGUGAUAGUACUCAGAAGGGGGUGAAGACUAUACACGAUGAUCCUAACAAGGUCUACGAGGUCGCUGUAGCCUUGUCUAUGGCGAUGCCGUGGGAUAAACGGAUUAAUAGCUGGGCGGUCACAGCCACAGCAAAAGCCGGUGCCGUGUAUCCAAUCGCCCUCAUGGUGUACAGCCAGAUAUCUCGCGUUGGGUAUCCUGAGCAGACACCAGAAUUAAAUCGGAUCGAAUACUUGGUCAAAGAGCAUGAGCACCCCUUGGCAAUGCGUGUGUAUGCUGAAGUCCUAUGGAGCAAGGAAAUGCCAGCGGAGGCGAUCGAAAUGCUGGAGCGAGUUUACAAACGCACGCAUCCUUCUCAUGCGCGAGUUCGAUUUCGCGAAGACAUAACGAUUUCAGACAGCAUUUCUCCGCCAUGGAAACGUCUGAUUGAGUUUUACAAUCUAUGUGGAUUUUAUGAGAAGGCGGACGAAAUGACCAAGGUUGGAGCUCUUGAGUACCGAGAUCCUGAUGCCUUGUUAGCCUAUGCACUCUUGAUGAAGGAGCAAGAGAACUGGCAUGCAUAUUCGCAAUGUGUCAUUAUGGCUGCUACAGCCGGCCACGCAGAUGCCUGUUAUCGAUUAGGAAAUUACUACUAUCGUAUAUUCAAGGGGAGUAUUCCAUCGCCGGACCAAGUAGACAAGGAUGCCGGUCUGAUUGGUUCUUUCUUUUACACGCUGCUUGGACAGGCGCGCAGAAAGUCCGAGUUCCGAAAAUUGGCCAUGGACUGGUACGAGCUGGCCUUCUUGCACGGCAAUACACACGCAUUAAGGAACUAUGCUGUUCUUUUACGCGAGGACGGUAAUCGUGAGACUGCUGCUAAUGUUUUGUCUAAUCUCGAACACAGAAAGGAGGAAUGGGGCAGUCCGAACAUUAAAAAGCUACGACAGCGAUUCUAUGAUGACACUUUCAAGCCUAAAAUACCUGAUUCCUGGCUCGAAUUGUAAAUUUGCCGAUCCGCUUUCAUGCAUAAUGUCUC